UUCAUCCUGUCACUUUCCUCGUACUGUGUAAGUCUUACAGUCAAUAGUACAAGGUACCCGCUACCUACGUAGUAGGUAACUAUGUAGGUGUGUACUCCGUACCUGCCUCGUACUUAAGUAAUAAUACCUAGGUACCUACCUACCUAGGUAGUUACCUUACACAGGUACCUAGAUACCUACACAGUAAGUACUCCAUACCUAGGAAGGUAUCCAUCAUCACCGAAACUGCUACUGCCACCACAAAAGCUUUGGCUUCCCACCACACCUCAUUCCUUCACUCACCCGUUCACCCAUUCACCCAUUCACCCAUUCAUACCCUCGACCAUGUCUUCUUCCAGGGAGGCCUCACAUGCGGGUUCAUGGUACUCUCACAAGGAAAACGAGCUCAGUCGGCAGCUCGACAGUUGGCUUGACGCUGUCCCCUCCUCCACCACACCCAUAGGACAUGCUUCCGCUGUUCAAGGUCCCCUCACACUACCCACCCAAGGCGCCCGGGCUAUCAUCGCACCGCAUGCUGGAUACUCAUACUCCGGCGCUGCUGCGGCUUGGGCAUACAAGAGCAUCGACUGGUCCAAUGCUCAGCGCGUGUUCCUUCUUGGCCCCUCACAUCAUCACUAUCUGACAGGCGCUGCUACGACCACCUUCGAAACAUACGAUACGCCCCUAGGAUCGCUUCCCAUAGAUACCGAGCUCGUCCAAUCGAUUGCCAAAGAUUGGAAGUUGGACUGGAUGUCCGCCGCCGUGGAUGAGGCCGAGCAUAGUCUAGAGAUGCAUCUACCCUACAUCUAUAAAGUGCUGUCAAGAACACAUGAUCUCGCAAAUCUGCCCCGCCUCGUCCCCAUAUUGAUAGGUAGCACGUCGGCAGCCACGGAACGCUCUCUGGGCAAGCAUCUUGCACCUUACCUCGCCGACCCGAAGAACGUCUUCGUCAUAAGUUCCGACUUCUGCCACUGGGGCUCACGCUUCAGGUACACCUACUACGUCCCCAAAUCCGGCCCACCCACCCAGAUAAGAGCUGGCAUUCCCGUCUCCGAUCGACCAAUCCACGAAAGCAUUGCCGAGGUGGAUCGGCAGAGUAUGGACGCGGUGGAGUCGGGCUCACACCAAGGGUUUCUGAGCCAAUUGGAAGCUACAGGCAAUACUGUGUGCGGAAGACACCCCAUUGGCGUAUUCCUGGCUGCUGUUGAGACGAGCGAAGGCAUUGACAGAGAGAACGCUAGGUUUAAAUUCGUCAGGUAUGAAAGGAGUAGUUUGGUACAGAGCGUGCGAGACAGCAGCGUCUCUUACGCCAGCGCAUUUGCAGUUUUAUCAUGAGCGAGCAUGGCAUGCAUGUCACAGACGACAUUGCGAGCGUAAGUUGUGAGGUGAGUGGAUCGGUUUUCCGGUGGACGUGCAAUUCUUAGGGCGCUGAGGUUCACGCGAGUAGCAUGCAUCAGGAUAAUCAAGCAUUUGAGCGUUUCGAGAUUUUCCCGAGCCCUGGUGAGAGGAUUGUAUGUCUAUCUCUACGCAUACGAACAAAUAGUCUUACAACGAGAACUAGUCUUUGUAGAUUCGUGA